AUGGAUUACUCUCAAGCCUUGGGAGCUUAUGAAGGCAAUCCAGAUGAAUUCACUCAUGGCAACGACAUGCUAAUCCAUCGGGGUCCAGAAUGGGCUUCCUUAAUGGAUCCCUCAUGGUUGCCAUUACGGAGCCCUGAUGGUAUCCAUCAUAGAUCCCUCAUGUCCGGAGAUAUCGAACAAUCGACAGUAUUCUAUAGUUUCGUGGUGAAAGUGCAAAUCAUUAAAUUUUGCGGCAAUCUAUGGAAAUUCACCACAUACAAAUCACCAUAUACGGAUCAAAUGACCGAAAAUAUCCAGAACUUUAUAGACAUGUUUAAAUUAUUUUUUAGGCAAUUUAUGGAUAUUUAUGGCAAGUAACCAUAAAUCGCCAGAGUCGGAUUAGGGCAACUAGAGUCCCAGCGUUGUACAUUUUUUGGUGCCCCCC